UUGAUGCUGGAGCUCAGAGUCACUGAAACUCUUCAACCAGACAUUGUUCCUGCACAGCAAGGACCCGUCAUUCUACCUCAGGGUUCAGUCAAGGAGCUGCUAAUACCCCAAGGUUACAUCGCACUCCUAAAAAUAAUCCAAAGUUCUUAAAAGCUUUGGAAUUUGAGAGCCGAUUACUUCCUUUAACACACUGCAGCAACGAGACCACUUUUACAUCUUUUUUUAUGUUUUGGUGUUUUUUCUUAAGGACCCCUUUCUGGAAAACUUUUAUUUGAACUGUGUGUUGUUUUGAUGAAGGUCUACACUUUGUGAGCCAGCAUUUCUAUUGUAUUUUUGUAGAUAUUUUAUGGAACAAGAGAAAAUUAAUUCAGAAGAAACCACAAACAAAAGGAUCUAGUGCCAUUAACAUUAAGUUACCUUGUGAAGUUUUGGUGGCACACAACUAUGGCGUUUGGUGACCUCCUUGAGCAGGUGGGGGGCAACGGACGGUUCCAGGUCCUGCAUGUGACCCUUCUCUGCAUACCGGUCCUGAUCAUGGCCAGUCACAACCUGCUGCAGAACUUUGUGGCUGCCGUGCCUCAUCACUACUGCAGCGCACACACAAACCUCUCUCAGUCCCAUCUGAGCCCGGAGGAAAUACUGCUGGUUUCAGUGCCGCUGGACAAGAAAGGGAAGCCCGAGAGGUGCCAGCGUUUUGUAGCUCCACAGUGGAACCUCCUGAAUAAGAAUGGGACUUCCAUCUCAGGGGAGGAGGGCGACACUAAGGAUGGUUUGGAUGUUGCCCUUCAGCGAUGCCAAGAUGGAUGGACCUAUAACAUGACUGACAUGAGCUCCACGACCAUAUCUGAGUGGGAUUUGGUGUGUGAUCAGCGUUCUUUGAAGCAAAUGGGACAAACGGUCUACAUGGGAGGGGUGCUUGUGGGAGCUGUUGUCUUCGGAGGUCUGUCAGACAGAUACGGUCGACGCAUUCUCCUGCUCAUAUCCAACCUGCUGAUGGCAGUGUCGGGAACAUGUGUUGCUUACUCUACCUCCUUCCCCCUCUUCUGCCUGUUCCGCUUUGGAUGCGGCAUGGCUCUGUCUGGGCUGGGGCUCAACACCUUCUCGCUCAUUCUGGAGUGGAUCCCCACUCGUCAGCGAACUGUGGUGGGGACAAUAACAGGCUACUGUUACACAUUGGGUCAGCUCAUCCUGGCACUCUUAGCCUACUUUGUUCGGGACUGGAGAUGGUUAACCUUGACUGUGUCUUUGCCCUACUAUGUCUUCUUCCUCAUUGCAUGGUGGUUUCAUGAAUCUUCAAGAUGGUUAGCUCUGACCAAUAAGCCGGAACAAGCCAUCAAGAACCUUAAAAGUGUGGCAAAAUUUAACGGACGGCAUGAAGAGGGAGAAAAAAUCAACAUUAAUGUGCUGCAGGAGUCCAUGAAGAAAGAGAUAUCCUGUGUGCAGGGCUCCUACUCUUUUCUGGAUCUGUUCCGCACCCCCACAAUGAGGAAAAUGACAAUCUACCUCAGUGCUGUCUGGUUAUCAACCAGCUUUGCUUACUAUGGACUUUCUAUGGACCUGCAGAAGUUUGGGGUGGACAUCUACUUAAUCCAAGUAAUAUUUGGAGCUGUUGACUUCCCCGCUAAAAUCAUCAUGACUGUGUCUAUGAGUUUAAUUGGACGGCGACCAUCACAAAGUGGUGCUCUCAUCAUUGCUGGAAUCACUAUUUUGAUCAACCUGCUGGUACCUUAUGAUAAACAGAUGGUACGCACCUGUCUGGCUGUAAUGGGUAAAGGUUGUCUUGCUGCCUCCUUCAACUGCUGCUACCUUUACUCUGGAGAACUGUACCCAACCAUCAUUCGUCAGAAUGGCAUGGGCUGGGUAUCCAUGAUGGCUCGUAUAGGGGCCAUGGUGGCCCCUAUGGUGCUUCUUACAGCCGACUCCAUACCUUGGCUUCCAGGAUUAAUCUAUGGAGGAGCUCCAAUUCUCAGUGGACUGGCUGCAAUAUUUCUUCCAGAAACACUUGGCUCACCUCUUCCCGACACAAUACAGGAUGUCGAGAACAGGGGAUCUGGGAGAAUCUCCAAAAUGCCACCAAAGGAAACAAUAAUCAUGAACGACAAGCAGGAGAAUCUCUUGAAGCAGGCUGCCUGAGGACAUCUGUAUUGUACUGCUGAUGUUUUUGCUGACACUUUAAUGAUACUGCUGCUUUUUGCUUGGCCUGUUAAUCUGUUUGAUGAGCACAAUAGGUUUAUUGUGUGGUAUUGUGUGGACAAUUGGAGUUGCAAUGUUAUUUUUGGACAGGUCAAUACAGUGGAAUUAAAGACUGCAAAUAAACAGACCUUUGUUUAUUUGUUAAAGAGUAGCUUUGUGGGCUCUAUUUUAAUAUCGGCGUAUAUAUACAAGCCUUCUUCACGUCAUACACUAUGUUAUGCUUUCACUGGUAUAUUUCGCCUGUGUUUGUUAACACAAACGUAUGUUCAUGAAGAGUUCCAUGAUCUUUUCUGCAAAAUCAAAAUAUUUGUGUUACUUUUAUUUUUUGGGGGGAUUAUCUCUGGAAGACUUAGACGUUUACCUUACAUUGCGACCAAUUGGCUGGUCACAAAUGUAGCUGCAUGUUUCCAACAAGGGCUCUGUUGCCAUGGAGUCCGUUCGAGAAGCUUUGUAAUCCAUCCUGGAACUGCAGUAUUUUUUUUUUCCUUUCCUGUCUGACUUUAGAAACUAACAAGCGAAGAAGUUCUUAAUGUCCUUAACUGUUAUCUGAAGUCAACCGAGCGCAAGAUGUAUCCCAUGAUACAUUGGA